CAAUGCUUGUAUUCAUAUAUCACAUUAAAUCAAAUCAAAACAAAUUACAUUAUGUGUUAAAGUGAUCUGUGACUCCAGUAAGUCUCACAUUUGCUGUUUCUGUUCUAAUGUGUGGCAAUGCUGUCACUUUGUUCCUAUGAGAUUUAUUUUACAUAUUCAGUGACCAUUUAUGUUUCCUCAUUAAUUCAUUUUUUCAACUUGACAAUACUGAUGCCAGGAAGUCGCUUUGGCAUAAAGAAAUGGUGACAUAAAACCAUAAAAUAUAUUUCUUUGGGAUUGAUGAGCAGAAGGAUAAAUUAGCUUGGAUGAAAUACAGCCUGAGCAAAAACAAUAAUUUACAAUGAAUAUAUUAAUCUUAAUGAAGCAGAUAUGUGCCCAGAUAUCUAUUUAUUAACAAGAUACAGACUGAUGCCCAUUACCUACUUAGUCUUCACAUUAAGUUUUCUCUUAACAUGGUUAUUCAGGUUCUCAUGUCUUUUUAAAGAUCUUUUAGUUCACUGGGAUGCAAUUCAUAUCAGAAUAUAACGAAUAUGUUCUUUCUUUCUCUCGUCUUACAUCACAAUAUCUUGACUGUGACUUCCUUCCAUAGAGCUGGAAGUUGUAUUUUAUUUCUAAAUUGGAGAUGCUUGGAUUAAGCCUACUUACAAUGAAGUAGCCUGAAUUUUUACCAAUGAAAAGGCACUAUGCAGUUAAUCCACUUUCUUCUUCUUAAAUGUUUUCAAUAAAAUAAAAAAGACAAAAGCCCCAGCAGAAAAAUAUGGGACAAUUGUGAAUAGAAAACAAUUCUUGAAUGCGGCAAGGCAAUUGUAUAAAAAGUCCAAAUAACUGUCUUGCCAUUUAUAGAAUAUGGCCCUCUGACUAAGUUCUUAGGCUUCAACAUGUUUGUUUGUUUGUUUUUGUUUAUUAAAUUUAUAGGUCUCCCAUCUCACUAUCCAAAGUUGACUCUGGGCAACUUACCAUUCAUGUUAUUAAACUUUGAGCACUACUAUUUUGGAUUUAUCUGGAUACCCAGAUAAAACAAUACUUUCUCCCUUUGCAAUACAGAAUUAGCAUUCUACGUCUUCAGAUCCUGGUUACUGUCAUCACAUUACCUUCAUAUAUUCAUACCACGAAUUAAUCUUCUUGACCUUGACCUCUCCUUCCUCACAGCAACAAUCCUGGGGCACACCUAUAUCAACCACCCCAAAGAGGCACGUUUAAAUCCCACUGUUUUCGAGGGAAGGAAGAGCUAUGCAGCCGUUUGCAUCUCUCCAGACGCAAAUUAGCGGUACUUAAAAUUGUGACACUACGCCGGGAUGGUCCACUAUACUUCAUCACUGUUUCUUUUUUCCCUAAUGUUGUGAAUGAGCUUGAACUACUGCAGUUACCGCUUUACUGCAGAAAGAAGCCGCCUCAGAUUCCGGACUUCCCUCCGAGAGCCGCUUUUAGGCCAGGAACCAGCCUUCUUCCUUCCCGACAUCUCCUGCGGCUGGUCAGCAUUUUUGCUGAAGGGCCGCCGCGAGGCGCGCACCGGAGCCUUCCCGCGAUAACCUGCAGCCGGGCUGCGCUUUAACUCGAGAAAAGAGGCGCCUUUGCCAAGACUCCUGCAAGGCGUGUCGCCGCCGCCGCGCCCCAGCGCUCUUCUCUUGCCUUUCCACCAGGGGGAGACUGAGCCGGCUCGCAGACGCGCCCCUUCUUUUUCUUCUUGGAAGUUUCCUCUUUAACACGCCGGAUUCAAGGAGAACAGCUCCGGCCGGCGUCCCAGGGAAAGGCGAACCCAGCCCUCUCCUCCUCGAUUCGAGGUAGACGGGCUCGCCUUGAGAGAGAACGGCCGAGGGCACCGCCGACUGAGGUAGAGGCUGCGUACGCUCGUCCUGCCGCCCGGUACCGCGCAUUGUGACCCUGGAGAGAGAGAGCGAGAGAGCAGGGCUUGGUGGACUUUCAAUGCCGGCAGAGGCGGUCCAGCCCCGGCAGAGCAACGAAGGGAAACAGAGGGGGACGAGCAGGCCGGCCGGCUGGUGUGAAAGCUCCUUGCCCAGCAGCCGAAAGCAGCCCGGUUCCGCCAGCUCCACCAUGACUGCUCCUGGGACGCUAGCAGAAAUGCCCAGACAAUUCACAAAGUUAAACAUGUCUGAAGUUGAUGAAUCUGUGCGAAUCUUAGCUGAAAAGGUUUUUGCCAAGGUUCUUCGAGAGGAAGAUAGCAAAGAUGCCUUGUCUCUUUUCACCGUGCCUGAAGAUUGUCCAAUCGGGCAGCAAGAGGCCAAAGAAAGAGAACUUCAGAAGGAAUUGGCAGAACAGCAAUCUUUGGAAACUACCAAAAGGAAGAAAAGUUUCAAGAUGAUUCGAUCCCAGUCCUUGUCAUUACAAAUUCCAUUGCAAGACUGGAAACCUCCAUCAGCUACUCCAGCUGUGUCUCCUCCUACUCCAGUUCUUCCAGGUGCCUUUCAAGCUAUCCAAGGGACAUAUGAUGUACCAGAAUUUCAAAGAGUUACAAUUAGUGGGGAUUACUGUGCUGGGGUUACAGUUGAUGAUUAUGAACAAGCUGCCAGAAAUUUAGCAAAAGCUUUACUUAUUCGAGAGAAGUAUUGCCGCUUUGCUUAUCAUCGUUUCCCAAGGACAACAGCACAAUAUUUAUGCAGUAUGAAAAAUGAAAAGUGGAAAAUUGAAGAUGAAAUACUUCCAGAUUUCCAUCCACCACCAAAGGAACUACAGGAUCCUUACAAUCUUGAUGAUUCUCCAGGGAACUUGGAUUAUGUUGUAAAGAUGAAGGAAGGCAUCUUUUUAGUUUUUGAAAAUAAAGACAUGAUGGAACUUAAUGAACCACGAAGUUUGCCUUAUCCUGAUCUACAGACCUACACUCUUGACCUCAGCCAUGUACUGGCUCUUAUUGCCAGUGGCCCAACGAAAACAUAUUGCCACAAGCGGCUUAACUUUCUAGGAUCUAAGUUUGGUUUACAUGAAAUGCUAAAUGAGAUGUCUGAACUAAAAGAACUGAAGAGUAACCCUCAUCGAGAUUUUUACAAUGUAAGAAAGGUUGAUACCCAUAUCCAUGCUGCUGCUUGCAUGAAUCAGAAACAUCUGCUGAGGUUCAUUAAGCAUACUUAUCAAACUGAACCCAACAGGAUAGUUGGGGAAAGAAAAGACAAGAAGCUGACUUUGAAGCAGGUGUUUGAAAGCCUACACAUGGAUCCCUAUGACUUCACUGUAGACUCACUAGAUGUCCAUGCAGAUCGCCAGACAUUUCACCGGUUUGAUAAAUUUAACUCCAAAUAUAACCCAGUUGGUGCAAGUGAGUUGAGGGACUUGUACUUGAAAACAGAAAACUACCUUGGUGGUGAAUAUUUUGCUCGGAUGGUGAAGGAAGUUGCCCGUGAACUAGAAGAAAGUAAAUACCAGUACACAGAACCUCGGCUGUCUAUUUAUGGGCGUUCUGCAGAUGAGUGGCAGAAUUUGGCUAAGUGGUUCAUAAGGCACAAAAUUUAUUCACCUCAUAUGCGCUGGAUUAUUCAGGUCCCAAGAAUCUAUGAUAUAUUUAGGACAAAAAAUAUUUUGCCUAACUUUGGGAAAAUGCUGGAAAACAUAUUCUUACCUCUGUUUGAAGCAACCAUCAACCCCUUGGAUCAUAAAGAAUUACAUCUUUUUCUUAAAUUUGUGACAGGGUUUGAUAGUGUGGAUGAUGAAUCAAAACACAGUGAUCACAUGUUCUCUGAAAGGAGCCCCCAUCCUGAUAUUUGGACUAGCGAAAAAAAUCCUCCAUAUAGCUAUUAUUUGUAUUAUAUGUACGCAAACAUCAUGGUUCUCAACAACCUUAGAAAGGAGAGAGGCAUGAGCACCUUCUUGUUUCGACCUCAUUGUGGAGAAGCUGGAUCUAUAACUCACCUGGUAUCCGCUUUUCUAACUGCAGACAAUAUUUCCCAUGGAUUGCUCCUGAAGAAGAGUCCAGUUCUCCAGUAUCUUUAUUAUCUUGCACAAAUCCCCAUUGCCAUGUCUCCUCUUAGCAACAACAGCUUAUUCCUGGAGUAUUCAAAAAACCCAUUGCGAGAAUUCUUGCACAAGGGACUGCAUGUUUCUCUGUCCACAGAUGACCCCAUGCAAUUCCACUAUACCAAGGAAGCACUGAUGGAGGAAUAUGCCAUAGCAGCCCAAGUUUGGAAACUGAGUACUUGUGACCUGUGUGAAAUUGCAAGAAAUAGUGUACUACAAAGCGGCUUGUCACACAAGGAAAAACAGAAGUGUAUAGGUCUAAAUUACUGUGCUGAAGGCCCAGAAGGAAAUGAUAUUAGAAAGACAAAUGUUGCACAGAUUCGAAUGGCUUACAGAUAUGAGACUUUAUGCAAUGAACUGAGUUUUCUGUCUGAUGCGAUGAAGACAGAAGAGAUUACAGAACUGUCAAAAUAGCCACAACUAAGCCUGAACAAAAGAGAGAAUGUAAGCUUUUGCAGGACAGAAAGUCAUCUGAUCAUCAGAAUUCUUAAGUUACAUCAGAAUCGCUACAAAACCAGUUUCUGCAAGUGCUUACCUUAAAUAGGAUUGCUAUAGUUGCCAAGAUGCAGGCUUCUAGCUAUUUGAUUUAAUGCACAUUCUAACUCUAGUCAUUAUAGGUUUGCAUCACAAGAUACAUAAAGUUCUGCUUUGAAAAAAGUGACACGGGACAGUAAUUUUUGGUAGCACACAUGGACCAGUUUUCUCACAAUUUUUCUCAUAUUGGAUUGAUGGCACUUUAAACUUUAACUUCUGUUUAGAUUUCAGAUGUCUGAUUGUACAGAGUACUGUAGUGUCCGUUAGUUAACAAAGACCAUCCUGAAUUUAGAAACUAAAAUCUAAUAUAACCAAAAAUCAGCACAUUGCUCCUAGAUGUUUAGUGGACAUACUUGGCUUUUCUAGAUGGGCCCUUUAAUUGAAGAGUAAUUUAAUAUGGUAAUUUCCUGAGGCAUCAAGAUAUAAGCCAGAUACCUGAAAAAUGCAAACCAGCUGUUGAUAUAUCCACCAGGAUUUGCUACGUGAUCCAGUGGAGCUUUUUCAGUUCAACACAUCCAUAUCAACUUUCCACUUUAUUCACCAUUAUGAGACUUGUUCUACCCCCUUGAUUUUUUUCAGUUAAGAACUUUCUUAUCUAUGAAUCGGGAGGCAUAUUUGUUUGCAAAAAUAUGUAUUCAUGCACAUUAGAAUAUUAAGACUGGUUACAUUCACACUUUUCAUUAAACUGAGGUUUAUUUUAACCCUUGUUGAAUAAGCCACAGUAACAUUGGCACAUAGUGCUAGGUUUUAAAGCAUGGUAAUUUACUCUUACAUCAGCAAGAUUUAUUAAUCUUGUUAAACGAAACAAAUCCAAUCAUCAUUUAGUAUAAUGUGAGGUGUGAAUAAAGAUGACAUAUGCAUAGACUUAAACUGCAUUUUGUAGUUUGUAUGAAACACACUAAAAAUGGGAAGUUUGAUAGCUUAAUAUGCCACUACUUCAUUGCUAUGAUGUAAAAGUGUGGGAACUGGAAUUUAAUGAAUUAUCACAUGGGUGUCAAACUCGAUUGCAUCACGUGACAUAUCAUGACGUUUUUUCUUUUGUGGAGCCCGGGUGAGGUAUCCGGCCUGUGGGCCACCAGUUUGAUAGCCCUGAUUUAUCAACUGCUGUAGGUAGGGUCAAAGUUAUAUGGAGUUUAUUUUGAAUAUGUAAACUUAAAAAUGAACUAUUAGAGGCAGUUUCUGAGUUCUGAAAAGCAGUUAUAUGUAAUUACUAUUAAUGGUAGUAGUUAUAUAACAUGUCACUUAUUAGCCAUUUGAAAUAAAAUGAUAAUUCUGAAAAGGGGAGAUAGAAAGUAAAAUUUGUCACAAAUUCUGAACUUCUUAGGAAAAAAAGGGAUAACAAUUUUCUCUCCUUGCACUUAUGCUUCUAAUUUAAAUAUUACCGUAGUCUGGAAAAAAAGUUGUACAAAAAGUUUUAGUGCAAAUAUAUAAUUGUGGUUGGGAAGAUAUUUCAAUUUCAUAAAUGCAAAGUUAUUUUCAUUUGUUUCUAUCCAGAAGAAUGACUAUCCAAUCCAGGUUUACUUCACAUCUGACCAAAUUUAGCUCUCCUAAUCCAAUAAAUGCAAAUUGUUCACAGAAACAGAGGCUCAGGAAUCUUUCCACAAAAUAAUUAUAAAGGCAGCUCCCAUAUUUGGAAUUUAGCAUUCUAUUCUGGGAUACUGUGGCAGAUGAACAGAUACUAUCAGCUUUGACCAAAGAUGACCAUGACAAAUUACAUUUAUCUUUGUUGGCUAAUAACAAUUUUAGAACUUGACCUUAUAGCCAAGGUUAUCAAUGCUUGACAGAUAAUCUAAAUUUCAUUUGAAAAAAUUAUCUAUUUUGUUAUUAGAAAAAUCUCCAUAAUGUAAUUAAAGAACAUAACCAAAAGUUUGUUUCUUUCAGUAUUUUGUGUUUUCCUUUUAUACUAGCUAUUAUGCACAUUAAAUUGAAAAUCUUUUAAAAAUUUAUUGUUAUUAAUUGCAACCACUGCUUGUUUCCCUCUCAAUAUUAGCUGUACUUAGUGGAGCAGAGAUAGCAGGCUUUUCAAAGAAGGAAAUCUUGGAUUCCAUAUUGUUUUUGUUUUAAGUUUUUACAAAAAUUUGUAAAGAAAUCACUGCUCUGUUAAAAAGCAGUUUAAACCACACUCACUAUGGCAAAGUAUUAUGCAGCUAUAAUGGUUGUACAACAGGAAUGGCUAAUUCUAACCACACAGCAAUCCUGUGUUUUCAAUAUGCUAAGCCCUACAGCUGGCAAAGCCUCCAGUAUCUGCUCUGGACAUGGACAGUUGCUAUGGAAGCUGUUCGAACUAUCUUCGUUUACCUGCACAGCUAAUUCAAAUAAAACACAGGUUCUGUGUAUGUGCAUUUAUGUAAAGACAGCUAAAAGCAAUUAUGAAUAACGUAAGUGGAAAAGACAUAGCUGCUUUAAUAAGUUGAGAUGAUAUGCUCAAUAGGCACUCCUGCAUAUUUGGAAAUAACUUACUUGAAAAUUCUAGUAAGCACAGAUAUGGUUUCUUAUUGAGAUGUAUUAAUGAGCCUUAAAGUAAAUUUACAAGGGUUUAAAAUUGCACUAUUGCAAGUUCUUGAAAUAUUUUGGUAAGCUAUAUUCCAUAAUUGUGGUACCUUCUUUCUUGAAUUAUAACUGAAGGCCAGAUAUUUUCUCAAAGGGAAUUACCUACUAUACUUUUUUGAUGAUGUAGACUUUUAUGGGUGAAAGUUUAACUGUCAAUUUUGUUUACUUGCAUUAUUUUAUAUAAUUAAAAUAACUAUUGUUUGUACAUGAAACUUUUGGAUGCUAGAAUGCUAACAUGAACUGAUUAGUAUUCAAAUAAAUCCUUCCUAGUUUAAGAUGGAUUAUGGGAGUUAUGUCCAGCUUGAACGAGAAAAAUGGUUUGAGUUAUUCAUGUACAGUAUGUAUUUUGUUGUGUAAAAUAUUCAGAGAUAUUUAUAGCAUGAAGCUUAAUAAAUGGAAAUGUUAAACAUUUAUACAUAUAUUGAUGUUUGCCCUAUUCCAUAACCCUAAAUGAAGUCAAUUUUGAUUAUUACUGUCAUACUUAUUACUGUGUUACAAGUACGAAGCUCACUAACCCACAAACUCUAUGUAGGACAAAGAUAAAAUAAAAAACAACAAUACUACUAUAAGGAA